AUGAGACGUCAUAGAGUCACGACAAGCAGACGUCAUAGAGUCACAACAAGCAGACAGUCACAACAAGCAGACGUCAUAGAGUCACAACAAGCAGACGUCAUAGAGUCACAACAAGCAGACGUCAUAGAGUCACAACAAGCAGACAUCAUAGAGUCACCACAAGCAGACGUCAUAGAGUCACAACAAGCAGACGUCAUAGAGUCACAACAAGCAGACGUCAUAGAGUCACAACAAGCAGACGUCAUAGAGUCACAACAAGCAGACAUCAUAGAGUCACAACAAGCAGACGUCAUAGAGUCACAACAAGCAGACAUCAUAGAGUCACAACAAGCAGACAUCAUAGAGUCACAACAAGCAGACAUCAUAGAGUCACAACAAGCAGACGUCAUAGAGUCACAACAAGCAGACGUCAUAGAGUCACAACAAGCAGACGUCAUAGAGUCACAACAAGCAGACAUCAUAGAGUCACCACAAGCAGACGUCAUAGAGUCACCACAAGCAGACGUCAUAGAGUCACAACAAGCAGACGUCAUAGAGUCACAACAAGCAGACGUCAUAGAGUCACAACAAGCAGACGUCAUAGAGUCACAACAAGCAGACGUCAUAGAGUCACAACAAGCAGACAUCAUAGAGUCACAACAAGCAGACGUCAUAGAGUCACAACAAGCAGACAUCAUAGAGUCACAACAAGCAGACAUCAUAGAGUCACAACAAACAGACAUCAUAGAGUCACAACAAGCAGACGUCAUAGAGUCACAACAAGCAGACGUCAUAGAGUCACAACAAGCAGACGUCAUAGAGUCACAACAAGCAGACGUCAUAGAGUCACAACAAGCAGACAUCAUAGAGUCACAACAAGCAGACGUCAUAGAGUCACAACAAGCAGACGUCAUAGAGUCACAACAAGCAGACGUCAUAGAGUCACAACAAGCAGACAUCAUAGAGUCACAACAAGCAGACAUCAUAGAGUCACAACAAGCAGACGUCAUAGAGUCACAACAAGCAGACAUCAUAGAGUCACAACAAGCAGACGUCAUAGAGUCACAACAAGCAGACAUCAUAGAGUCACAACAAGCAGACGUCAUAGAGUCACAACAAGCAGACGUCAUAGAGUCACAACAAGCAGACGUCAUAGAGUCACAACAAGCAGACAUCAUAGAGUCACAACAAGCAGACGUCAUAGAGUCACAACAAGCAGACAUCAUAGAGUCACAACAAGCAGACAUCAUAGAGUCACAACAAGCAGACAUCAUAGAGUCACAACAAGCAGACGUCAUAGAGUCACAACAAGCAGACGUCAUAGAGUCACAACAAGCAGACGUCAUAGAGUCACAACAAGCAGACAUCAUAGAGUCACCACAAGCAGACGUCAUAGAGUCACAACAAGCAGACGUCAUAGAGUCACAACAAGCAAACGUCAUAGAGUCACAACAAGCAGACGUCAUAGAGUCACAACAAGCAGACGUCAUAGAGUCACAACAAGCAGACGUCAUAGAGUCACAACAAGCAGACAUCAUAGAGUCACAACAAGCAGACGUCAUAGAGUCACAACAAGCAGACAUCAUAGAGUCACAACAAGCAGACGUCAUAGAGUCACAACAAGCAGACAUCAUAGAGUCACAACAAGCAGACAUCAUAGAGUCACAACAAGCAGACGUCAUAGAGUCACAACAAGCAGACGUCAUAGAGUCACAACAAGCAGACGUCAUAGAGUCACAACAAGCAGACAUCAUAGAGUCACAACAAGCAGACAUCAUAGAGUCACAACAAGCAGACGUCAUAGAGUCACAACAAGCAGACGUCAUAGAGUCACAACAAGCAGACGUCAUAGAGUCACAACAAGCAGACAUCAUAGAGUCACAACAAGCAGACGUCAUAGAGUCACAACAAGCAGACGUCAUAGAGUCACAACAAGCAGACGUCAUAGAGUCACAACAAGCAGACGUCAUAGAGUCACAACAAGCAGACAUCAUAGAGUCACAACAAGCAGACGUCAUAGAGUCACAACAAGCAGACGUCAUAGAGUCACAACAAGCAGACGUCAUAGAGUCACAACAAGCAGACAUCAUAGAGUCACAAAAAGCAGACAUCAUAGAGUCACAACAAGCAGACGUCAUAGAGUCACAACAAGCAGACGUCAUAGAGUCACAACAAGCAGACAUCAUAGAGUCACAACAAGCAGACGUCUUAGAGUCACAACAAGCAGACGUCAUAGAGUCACAACAAGCAGACGUCAUAGAGUCACAACAAGCAGACAUCAUAGAGUCACAACAAGCAGACGUCAUAGAGUCACAACAAGCAGACGUCAUAGAGUCACAACAAGCAGACAUCAUAGAGUCACAACAAGCAGACAUCAUAGAGUCACAACAAGCAGACAUCAUAGAGUCACAACAAGCAGACGUCAUAGAGUCACAACAAGCAGACGUCAUAGAGUCACAACAAGCAGACGUCAUAGAGUCACAACAAGCAGACAUCAUAGAGUCACCACAAGCAGACGUCAUAGAGUCACAACAAGCAGACGUCAUAGAGUCACAACAAGCAGACGUCAUAGAGUCACAACAAGCAGACGUCAUAGAGUCACAACAAGCAGACGUCAUAGAGUCACAACAAGCAGACGUCAUAGAGUCACAACAAGCAGACAUCAUAGAGUCACAACAAGCAGACAUCAUAGAGUCACAACAAGCAGACAUCAUAGAGUCACAACAAGCAGACAUCAUAGAGUCACAACAAGCAGACUCACAACAAGCAGACAUCAUAGAGUCACAACAAGCAGACGUCAUAGAGUCACAACAAGCAGACGUCAUAGAGUCACAACAAGCAGACGUCAUAGAGUCACAACAAGCAGACAUCAUAGAGUCACAACAAGCAGACAUCAUAGAGUCACAACAAGCAGACGUCAUAGAGUCACAACAAGCAGACGUCAUAGAGUCACAACAAGCAGACGUCAUAGAGUCACAACAAGCAGACAUCAUAGAGUCACAACAAGCAGACAUCAUAGAGUCACAACAAGCAGACGUCAUAGAGUCACAACAAGCAGACGUCAUAGAGUCACAACAAGCAGACGUCAUAGAGUCACAACAAGCAGACAUCAUAGAGUCACAACAAGCAGACGUCUUAGAGUCACAACAAGCAGACGUCAUAGAGUCACAACAAGCAGACGUCAUAGAGUCACAACAAGCAGACAUCAUAGAGUCACAACAAGCAGACGUCAUAGAGUCACAACAAGCAGACAUCAUAGAGUCACAACAAGCAGACAUCAUAGAGUCACAACAAGCAGACAUCAUAGAGUCACAACAAGCAGACGUCAUAGAGUCACAACAAGCAGACGUCAUAGAGUCACAACAAGCAGACGUCAUAGAGUCACAACAAGCAGACAUCAUAGAGUCACCACAAGCAGACGUCAUAGAGUCACAACAAGCAGACGUCAUAGAGUCACAACAAGCAGACGUCAUAGAGUCACAACAAGCAGACGUCAUAGAGUCACAACAAGCAGACGUCAUAGAGUCACAACAAGCAGACAUCAUAGAGUCACAACAAGCAGACAUCAUAGAGUCACAACAAGCAGACAUCAUAGAGUCACAACAAGCAGACAUCAUAGAGUCACAACAAGCAGACGUCAUAGAGUCACAACAAGCAGACGUCAUAGAGUCACAACAAGCAGACGUCAUAGAGUCACAACAAGCAGACGUCAUAGAGUCACAACAAGCAGACAUCAUAGAGUCACAACAAGCAGACGUCAUAGAGUCACAACAAGCAGACAUCAUAGAGUCACAACAAGCAGUAAACUAUGUAUGA